UGUUGAGUAAUUUCUUCUCUAAAGAAGACAACAUUUGUUAUACUUCUUUGUUUUUAUGUUUCAUUUAUAGUUGGUACGUGAGACUAAAUAAUUUUGGUGUCUUUGAUUUUUCAGAUGACAAGUAGUGCCAGUUUGUAAAUUAAAACCUCUGACAACAUAAAAUAUAUGUUUGGAUGUCGUGAAUUAGUUUUAAUUACUAUUUUAAAUAUUUCGUAAUUAGAAAUACAUUAGAGUAAUUUAAAUAUUAUGCCUCCAUUAACUAUUGUACCAAGAAGUGAUUGGGGUGCUUUACCCCCUCAAAAGGAAAUCGCUGACCUUCCUAAACCUGUCCUUAAAGUGCUGAUGACUAAAACAAGGACACUACCUUGCAAUAAUGACGAAGAAUGCAAAUUUCACAUAAGGAAGAUGCAGGCAUUUCACAUGGGAAAAGGAUUUGAGGACAUCGCUUACAAUUUCAUAAUCACCCCCGAUGCUAAGGUGUAUGAAGGAAGAGGAUGGUAUAAAGUGGCACCAACCCCUGUUGAACGUCCUGAGUUCAAGGAUGCGGCUUUAGUCAUAGCUCACAUUGGAGACUAUCCAGUACUCGAUCCAGUGCGAAAACUAAUGGAUAAAAUUAUGUACAAACUGUUAGAUUAUGGCAUGGAGUUAAAAAUAAUUAAUGCUGGAAACUGUGAUUUUGAGCUUACUGAAGAGGACCCCUGGGUGGACAAUGGUAUACUUGCAAAAGUGUUUGCCAGAAUGUUUGAUAAAGCUUGACCACUAGUUUUUACAGAAUACAUUUUAAUAUCCACAAAGAAAUCAUUCAACCUGUAAUGUUUUUGGCCAGACAGCUAUCCGUUGCAAAGGGACAUGUACAUAAAAGCCACAAACCUAAUGGACUUUGCUGUUGCCAGCAAAAUGUGGUGUGAGGAAGUCGACGUGCGGUACAUAACGAAUUGGAUUGACGAUCCUAGCUUUGAGUUACAUAUAAGUAAACUUGAUGAGGACGUAAAUAAAAAUGAUGUUUUCUAACACAGUUGUGCAAUUAUUGCAAAGG